AUGACAAGUACAUUUUAUGAAAGAUUAUCCGGCGAUUUCGAAAAAAUUUUUGAAGAUAGUGAAAAAUAUGAUGUCGUUAUUGAAGUCGGUGAAUUUCCCAUGAACCAAUCCUAUGCGGCUCAUUCAAUAAUUCUGCGUCAUCGUUGCCCCUCUCUUUAUAAAGAAUUAAAUGAAAUCGCACUAGACACGAAUGAUUUAGCACAAAAAAUUAUAGCACCACAAUUACCUGUUUCUUCAAUAAUAUUACCAGCUCGAAAUCUUACUAUUUCAGAAUUGCCUACACGAGAGGUUGCCGAAAAGUCAAGUGUCAUUAUUCAUGGACACACAGCUCGAGGUCUUACUAUUUCAAAAAUUCCUGUACAAGCAGUUUCUGGAACGUCAAGUGUCGCCACUUAUGAAUACGCAGCUCGAGGUCUUACUAUUUCAGAAUUUCCUAGGGCAAUUAAAAAUCUUUAUAAUAGACAAGGUGGCCCGACAUUUGGUUUAGUUGAUCUUGUUCUGGAGGGAAACUUUAGAACAGCAAGGAGUGGUUAUUGUUUAAGAUAUGAUUAUGAAAAGCCGAUUAGAAGUGUUACAACUCGUUUCUCCGUAAAGGAAUAUGAAGUUUUUCAAAUAGGACCACGUACUUAA